AUGGCAGAGGAAGAGGAGGAAGAGGAGGAGGAGGAGAGUGAAGAGGAGAAUGAAGAGGAGAGUGAGGAGGAGGCUGGAGAAAUACCGAGGAAGACCAGAGUGAAGCGCCACCGCCACCGCCACCGAGCCCAGUUGGAAAAAGUGACUUCUGACUCUCAGUUGGCCAUAGUGGGCACUUCCUGGAAAAGCCACAACGCUAGCAAGGCAAAGAAGCAUUCACUCGAGUCCGAGGACUCUGGCCCGUAUGAGCUUCGGGGACACUCGAGCUCUCAGUAUGAGUAUCUGGAUUUAGAGUCGAGCAGUUCGGAGGAGGAGCACAAGGUCGGUGAAUAUGAGAUGCUUUCCUCAGGCCGGCUGGAGGGACCGACCAAGCAGGUACCCCAAGAUGAAGAGGAAGAAGGGUCCAGGGCAGGAGCUGAGGAAGCCACACCCAGAAAGGAGAAGAGACGGAGCAAGCGCGUGUCCUACUCCCCGUACGAAGAUGUCAGGGGGCACCCGAGCCAAUUGGCGGCCUCCAGGCAGUCCCAGGUGUAUACCUCCACGGAGGAUGCGCUGUUCCAGAAGAGGGCCAGCCUGGAGGCUCACCCCUUGACCAUGACCUGGACAUACGGGUGGAACAGCUCGCUCCCUGUCUUCUACAUCCACGAGGAACGCCAUAGGGUCCUUCUAUACGUGUGUGCGCACACCGUGGUCAUCUACAACACCUUCCGGAACAAGCAGUACCACCUCCAGGGCCACCCGAACGUCAUUUCCUGCCUGUGUGUCAGUGAAGACAGGCGCUGGAUUGCCACAGCGGACAGGGGGCCAGGGUGCCUCAUCAUCAUCUGGGACUCCUUCACAGGCAUCCCCGUACAUACCAUCUUCGACAGCUGCCCAGACGGGAACGGCAUCAGGGCCAUUGCCAUGACCCGUGACGCCAAGUACCUGGCCACCAUCUCUGAUGCUGAAGCCCAGAAGGUGUGCAUCUGGAAGUGGACGUUAGCAGUGGAAACACCAGCCUGUACCCUGGAGCUCCCCGCAGACUAUGGCCUCCAGAACUAUGUUACCUUUAACCCCGCAAACAACAAGGAGUUGGUGAGCAAUAGUAAAACGCAAGUCAUCUAUUAUUCCUGGGAUGAAGAGAAAGACACACUUGUGCACAGUGCUCCAGUUCUAACAGAAAAAACAUUCAACAAGCUCGUGGGAAAAUUCAGCCAGUCGGUAUUCCACCUGCAUUUGACCCAAAUCCUGUCGGCGACCAUGGAAGGGAAGCUUGUGGUCUGGGAUGUCCAGCGCUCGGGUGGCUCACCCUACAUCAAGCCAUGCAAGCUGGUGCACCUGCAGAGGGAGGGUAUCACCGUGCUCACCACUGUCGACAGCUAUAUCGUCACAGGCGACAUCAGAGGCAACAUUAAGUUCUACGACCGCAGCCUGUCCAUCGUUAACUGGUACAGUCACUUCAAAUUGAGCUCCAUCAGGACCCUGUCCUUCUCCAAGACCCCGGCAGCACCUCCGACAGAGAAAUCCAACUUCCCUCCGGACUGCACCCUGAAAGGGGACCUCUUUGUGGUGAGGAACUUCAUCAUUGGCACCUCCGAUGCCACCGUGUACCACUUAACCACAGACGGCACCAAGCUGGAGAAGCUGUUCAUGGAGCCCAAGGACGCCAUCUGUGCCAUCUCCUGCCACCCCUACCAGCCCCUCAUCGCCAUCGGCAGUGUGUGUGGGAUGAUCAAAGUAUGGGACUACGAAAAGAAAAAGUACCUGUUCAGCAGGGCCUUUGAGAAGGGCCUCGGAGUGCAGAGCCUCACCCACAACCCAGAGGGAGCCCUGCUGGGAGCAGGCUUCACCGAGGGCACAGUGUACAUCCUGGAUGCCAUGUCCUUGGAAAAUGAGAGCCGGAAGCCUUUCCAGUAUUCAAGAGGCAGUGUCACUCACAUCAGCUUCUCCCACGACUCCCAGUACAUGGCAACCGCCGAUGUGAACUGCACCGUGGCUGUGUACAUGAUCGUGGUCAGAAACGGACAGAGGGUCUGGGAAUACUUAGCCAGGCUCCGUUCUCACCGCAAGAGCAUCCGUAGUCUGCUCUUCGGGGUCCACCUGGACAGCAACGACCCCAGGCUCCUGAGCCUUGGCAAAGACAGGCUUUUGAUAGAGUACAAUCUCCGCAGGAGCUGCCGCGACCACCUGGAGGUCGUGGACAUCCACCGUACGGACCAGGGCGACUAUCCCACCUGCAUGGUGUGGUACCCACCCCUCACCAAGGAGCUCUUCCUGCUCAUUUGCAACAGCGGCUACAAAGUGAAGCUCUUCAACUCCACCACCAAGAUGUGCAGAAAGACGCUGCUGGGGCCGACGUUUGGUUCACCGAUUGAGCAGACCCAGGUUCUGCCAGCAAGAACAGCCAAGGAACUGCAGAAGCGCUACCUGGUGUUCAUCAACAAGGACAAGGUUGGGCUACAGAUCUUGCCAGUAGACGGCAACCCCCACAAGACAUGGGCCAUUGUUUGCCACCCAAACGGGGUGGCCGGCAUGGCCCUGUCCUAUGAUGGCUCGUACGCCUUCACUGCGGGAGGGCAUGACCGCUCAGUCGUGCAGUGGAAAAUCAACCUCAGCACCCUGGAGGCUGCGGUUUCUCUCGGGGGUGACGACCUGACCCCGUUCUAUGACCUGGUGCCUGGUGGCAGGGAAGGCAGGUUCUACACGGAGCUGGAGGACUAUUUCUACUAUUCACAACUCCGCAGCCAGGGCAUCGACACGAUGGAGGACAGGCAGGUGUCAGAUCACAUCUCCCUGUCAGAGCUGCCCUACGUCAUGAGGGCCAUCGGCUUCUAUCCGUCGGAAGAGAAGAUUGCCAAUAUGUUUAAUGAAAUCAAAUUCAGCGAAUACGUAAACACUGGGAAGAUAAUUGACAAAAUCAACUUGCCAGAUUUCCUCAAAGUUUACCUCAAUCACAGGCCGCCUUUCGGUAACACCAUGAGCGGCAUCCGACAGACCUUUGAGGUUCUCGGCUUCACCAAUUCCAAAGGACAAAAGGCUAUUCGAAGAGAAGACUUCCUGAAACUACUUCAGACUAAAGGUGAGCACAUGACCAAGGAGGAGAUGCUGGACUGCUUCGCCACGCUGUUUGGCCUGAAUCCUGAGGGCUGGGGAUCCGAACCGGCCGCCAUCUCCUUCAAAGCUCCUGGCCUCAUCUCUCCCCUCGUUCUACUGGCCAAGUGGGUGGACGUUGGCCAGCAGGAGAGAGGGUCCAGCUUGGUCCAGCUGUGUCCUGGCAGCUCCAGCAGAGCGGUUCAGAAAUUUGCCUUGAAGAGGAACUUCCAGAAGAAAUCACUGCAGAAAUAUUCACAACUGAAAUUCUUGGCUUGGCCAUUUCUGAAGACUCUGAGUAAAGUGGUCAGUGAAGUUGUAAGAAAUGUUGGAAACCCAGAGGCACACGUGUGUGUGUGUGUGAGUGUGUGUGUGUGUGUUUUCUGCAUUUCCCCACCCGAUCCUGUUCAUCACAACACUUGAGCAUUAAAAGUGAGU